AUGAAGUCUCCUCCUAGCUCUGACACCGACUCUGACAAUGGGUCGGCCCGCGACACUGAUAGCUAUGGCUCCGAACCUGGCUCAGAGCCGAGCGUCCCGGGCUCAGACUGGGAUAACACGCAGCCAGGCACCCCCAUUGACCCUCAGCAGCCCGCGCACAUCGCGCUUUACUCCCCUGGCCACUCAUUUGAAGAACGCGACCACUUGAUUCUCCCCAGGUCACUGCUUCAUGAUGCCGAAGGCUCUCAGCCGUCCCUAGUACCGAUGUCUACAGGACCUAGUAAAUCCCUCGGAGACCUCAAGCAAGGAGAGUAUUACAGGCUGCGGGAACACUUCUACGAGAUCCGGAAGCUUCAGUUGGAGUGGGAGCAAGCCGGCUGCAAGGGCUUCGAUAUCACAGUCGGCAUGAAUGAGCGGUCGUAUGCCCUUCUGCAGCAGAAGCUCGAUCAGAGUUGGGAAUGGUCGCUCGGCGACGAGGGAGAGCAUGAUCAUUGGGUGGCGUUCCUGCGGUGCACACAACUCGACUUCUGGCCGACGCUAGGCAAGGCAGUGGCAAUCGCACCGACUUUUGAGGAAGAGUUGACCUACCUGAUCACCAAUCACUUCGCCGAGAUGUUCCGCAUGAGUGAACCCGAGCCUUUGGCGUCUACUGCGAGAACGUCCGCCAGGAGCAUCAUCAAGACUCCCGAUGUCUAUUUCAGCUCUAGGUACAACACGGUGUACAAGGAAGCCAUCCAGGGUAAUAGCCAGCCCGCCUCAACACCGUUCUUAUGCUUAGUCGCUCAGACCGUCGAAGAAUUCAUUUACAACGUCAAGAAGAUGGUGUCCAUUGUGGAGUCGAAGGCUCUGCAUGCACUGCAAGGAUUUAUCUUGGUGUUGGUCAAGCAGGCGGAUGGUGUGGUUGGUGCUGACAGGAUAUAUCACGCUAACUCCUUGCGCCACCUCAUGUUUAACCUGCACACAAAGCACGGCUUCGGCGACCCAAAGACUCCUCCACAAAUGGAAUGUGGCGUCCUGUUCUACGGAUGUCAGCAGUUUCCUGACUUCCUGGUGCUUGCGAAGCAAGCAUCUACGAUGCAGCACUGGGAGAAGGGCAAUUUCAUGUGGUUUACGGGGGCACGCAAAGGGCCGCAGGCCGUUCCCAGCGCCGCAUGGGAACUGUUCGAGGCGUUCGUACACUCAACAGUGGCCACGUACACCGCAUACGUCAAGGCUACAGGUUGCUACCGCGUCCCCCCCAUCUCCGACGCAGUUCCCACGCAAUUGGAGAACACAUACCGCGACUCGCUAGUGGGAUCACUCCCACGGCGCAUAGCGGGCGAUCUACGGGAUGAUGUGUACAGGGUGGCGGAGCGGAUCUGGUCUAUGAAGGAAGGCAAGGGACGUACGGACAUCCUAGCUGCGUCGGCGCCUUACGGGCCGGAGGGAUCCCCGAGCGCUGUCACCUGUGAGAACAGAAGCGCGUCCGCCGUGUUACGCAUGGUGGACGCGAUUCUGAUCGCCCAGGAUCACUAUAUCUCCACUUCAUCCUUCAUGACUGUGGGGGAAGUCCACCUAGGUCUUACUGCGGUGGUGUCGGCGGGCGUAUCUGCCAAACUUGAAGCUCUAGCCACUUUGGCCGGUAUGGAGAGCUCUGUCCUCUUGAACGACGAACUGGACGUCGGCGGCGGUUUCAAACCAGACACCGUUGUGUCUAUCAGCAUCGGGAUGAGUCGCACCGCCGCGGGACACAUAGAGUCCAUGUCGUCAGAGUCUACCCCUCAUGCAGGAAGAAAGCUUGCAGACGAGAUGGCGGCUGGUAAGGAGGGGGUCGUAGGCACCAUUUUCGUCGUAGCCAUUGAGAACCGGUACCGCAAGUCUCGAGCGCCCCAGGACCAUAUCAUCAGAGGGUGGAAGAAGCUGGCCGAGGAGAGGGGGAUGAGUGAUUCAAGGCGAUGGGGGAAGUGGGGGUAUCGCGGGUGGAACCCGACAAAGGGAGGUCAGAAGUUCCAGUCCUGGGACCUCAGUCGCGGUGCGGCGAAGCAAAACCCGGCCCUGUUGGCCUCGAAGUUGGGCCAUCGCAGCACGCCCGGCAUCACCUACCAAGGCCACGUUCUGGCAGGAUGUGUUGAUGCAUUCGUCACUUUCCUUCCUCGUUCCUCGUACCCAAGGGUAGAGGCCGCGCUGCAGAACCCAAAUUUCAAGUGGACGGCCGAGAAUCUCAAGAGGGAGUUCGGAUUUUUGCCCAUCUCCCCAAACGGGCGGGUAGAUGAAUUCGUCAACACCUCCCAUCAUGUGCGCGAGUUCUACUACACAAUGUUCAAAUCUUUCUUGGCCACCGCCGCGUAUGAAGAGGUUGCCGACGUCAUCGAUUUUGACGACAAUCCGUUUCAACAUCUUCCAGAGCCGUUUAAGAGGCGCGUUGAUGUCCUUCUCCGGGACUCGACGGACUAUAAUGCCUUCGUCGACGUCGACGCAGACCACGCCUCCCGGGAGAUUUUUGAGGACAGCGAGGUCUACCGCAAUCUCUCACCGGAGCAGCUAUGCUCGGCAUCUCGCGACAUGUCUCGCGCCCUGACUCGCUUCUUGGAAUUAGUGGCGGAUACCAGAUUGAGGGCCAUGCUGGAAAACGUUAGCUAG